AUGCUGACGGACACUGAUGGCCACAAUCCAGUUUCUUCUCGCACCGCUUGGAACAUGGAACAUGAUCACAAGGGGCUGCACAUGGCAUUGAGCAGACGCUGUGAGGGCACGCUGAAAGACAUUUUUCUUCUGCGCAAGGAGUACAUGGCUCGUAGCACUUUCGCGGACACUUGGAAUGGCCACAGUGCACUUCGCAAGGAGCUUUGCAUGGAGGACAUGGCUUAUCGCCGUGGCAGGGAACGCUGCAAGUAUGGGCGCAUGUAG